AUGUCUGUGGAGCGGCCUGUUAUUACUUAUUUAGGGAGUACUAGAUACUCAAUUAAAAUAUCGUGGACAAGUUGUAAAUCUAAUGGAGAAGAACUUUCUUACAUAGUACAAAUCGAAGACCGAGUAUAUGACUGGAUAACAAAAUAUUGGGGUUUACAAACUAGCACUGAAAUAAGAAAUUUGUCUCCAGAGGAAAUAUUUUCAGUAAGAGUUGGUUAUGUCAAAAAAAUCGAAGAAGAAUGGGACGAUGAGGUUGUUUGGAGUGAUGUAUCCAUCUUGGCCUCAAAAUUCGAUUUACCUUGGAGUUUUUAUUUAUUUCAAGACAUUGAGAGAUUUUCAGAGGAAAACAUCAACAAUUUUAUACAAGAGAGAAAUUGGGAGAUUGGAGUUUUAAACAGGCAGGGAGAAACUGCCCUUAUGAAAGCAAUCCGUUUUAAAAAUGAUUCCGCGUUGAAGCUCCUUAUAAGUGGAGGGGCGGAUAUCAAUGAACAACUUUGGCCAACAUUUCGUUCUCCUUUGAUGAAUGCAUGCUACUAUGGAAAUUUAGAAGCGGCCCAAAUCCUGUGUACAAAAGGCGCAGAUUGGAGCUUAAAAGAUAUAAAUGGCAUGGAGGCUCUUCACUACGCAGUCGAAGCAUCACAGAUUGAUUUAGUCAAAUAUAUAAUUGAAUGUGGCGCAUAUAUCAAUUCAAAAGAUAAUUCCGGCUGGACACCACUUAUGAUAGGAAUUAUUAUGGGUGCUGACUAUGAAUCUCUCAAGUUUUUAAUAGAUAACGGUGCGGAAAUAAAAACAGAGGACAAUUGGAAAAGAAGUUGUUUGAGAAUGUCAAAAAUUGUCGACCUAGAUGAGGACAAGAGGAGACUUUUUGAAGCGAAAGAAGACGAAAAAGGCCUUGAUGAAAGUUCAGCCUGGAAUUCCAAUGGUGAAAAAAGUGAAGAAGAGUCGGAUAUGGAUAUGCUCGCUGAAUAUACAGACACGAUAACAUGGAUUUUACAAGAAGGCACAAAAAAAGAAGGAGAAAAAGAACUUGUUAAAGAAAAUGCUGAAAGCGAAGAACCUGAAAAAACACAAAGCAUCUCCAAUAAAGUCACUUUACCCAAUCAUACAGAAACAGGGACUAAUCAGGAAAUAAAUACUGAUGCAACUACUAUAGAAAAUACACCAUGUUAAAAAUAAAAA